GUUGUCUGUGAAUUUCGUACAAUAAUUCGACCGACACCGAAAUCUUUUAGAUUCCCAAGAAUCUCCCACAAUGUUUUUCCAACGAGGCUUGUUGGCUUACCCACAUACUUGAGGGUCGUUGUCAUUGUGCGGUUGCUCACACAGAAAACCAAAUGUUUAUGAAAAAAAAAUUCACUGCCCUUCAAACAAACUUUUUUUUUCCACUAAUUUUGAGGUUAGGCUCACUUUUACCUAUGUCAAUGGGUCUAUGCGAUUUUGACACAUACUCAAAGCACAUUCGGUACUUUGACUUUUGCGGCAUGUACUCAAGACGCACGACAAUCAUGUGCUUGACAGUUCAAAUUAAUGAUUCGAUUGGAAUGAAUUGUUUAAAAAAAAAAAAGAACAUCGGCAAUGGUUGUAUCAAUUGGAUUUGAAGGCAGUGCCAAUAAGAUUGGUGUUGGCAUUACACGCGAUGGCGAGGUCAUAGCAAAUGUGAGAAGAACGUAUAUUACACCGCCUGGAGAAGGGUUUUUGCCACGCGAAACCGCUCAGCACCAUCGACAGGUCAUCCUUCAAAUUCUGAAAGAAGCAUUGGAAGAGUCUGGCAUUCAAUCAUCCAACAUUGAUGUGGUAUGCUUCACAAAGGGACCCGGUAUGGCACCACCGCUGCUUACAGUGGCCAUUGUUGCUCGGACCAUUGCACAGAUUUGGAACAAACCAUUGCUGGGAGUGAAUCAUUGCAUCGGUCACAUCGAAAUGGGACGUCUCAUCACCAAAGCCAACAAUCCAACGGUUUUGUAUGUCAGCGGUGGAAACACACAAGUGAUCGCCUACUCUUUGAAACGCUACCGAAUCUUCGGCGAAACAAUUGAUAUUGCCGUCGGCAAUUGCUUGGAUCGUUUUGCACGCAUAAUCAAACUAUCAAAUGAUCCAUCGCCCGGAUACAAUAUCGAGCAAUUGGCGAAAAGGGGCAAAAAAUUCUUAACAUUGCCAUAUUCAGUGAAAGGAAUGGACGUCAGUUUCUCAGGGCUUUUAUCUCAUAUUGAAAAAGUCGUUAAGACUCAAAAUGCCAAACCAGACACCAAACCACACUACACAGACGAAGACUUGUGCUUUUCACUGCAAGAAACAGUAUUCGCAAUGCUCGUCGAGAUCACAGAACGAGCCAUGGCACAUUGUGGCUCAGAAGAAGUACUAAUUGUCGGCGGUGUUGGCUGUAAUGAGCGUUUGCAAGAGAUGAUGGGCAUCAUGUGCGAAGAACGUGGAGCCAAACUGUUUGCCACCGAUGAACGAUUUUGCAUCGACAACGGCGUUAUGAUUGCUCAUGCCGGUGCCGAAAUGUACGGGUCAGGCACCAGAAUGAAUUGGAAUGACGCUACAAUCACACAAAGAUAUCGAACAGACGAAGUCGAAGUUACAUGGAGAGACGACUGAUGGAAUACCUAUAAAGUUUCAUUUUAAAAUGAAAAUAUAAUAAAAAGAGUUUCAUUUGGAAAAA